GGUUGUUUGUGGUGUUUAGGAGGACAGCUGAUCACUCCUCACAACUCAGACCAAAUUUCCCAUUCAAGUUUUUUCUCUCCCCUUACCAUGUGAUAAACAAUCAGAAGUUGUGGAUUAACUUGGGUGACGUUGAAGUAAGGGAGUCCACACUGUGUCUGAGAAGUGUCUCAAGUGGUUCACCUAUGGAAUACCAUAGGACUUUCGGUCUCCAGUUGAUGUGAGUUAUAAUUUUUGGUGCCAUGUUAAGAGGUUGCAUAGUGUUGUAUUAUACCAUUGAUCAAUUAAGGUUGUAGUAGUACAGGAGAGUAGUUGUGUUAAGCGGUUCGUAUUUGUCUUGGGCCGAGAGGUAGCACUUUAGGUCAAAAUGGCUGAGUCAGUAGAACAGGGAAGUACCAUAGUUGGGGACACAUUGGCAGAGAGAUUGGAAGAGGCUUUGCUGAUCAACGCGAGACAAUACUCGGCGUUAGAAGAAUCACAGACACAGGUUAAGGAACUAAAACAAGAACUCCAGGAACUAAAACAAGAACUCCAGCAUGCAAAGAACCAAGACACUGAUCUAGAGUAUGGUGUAGGUAGGGACACAAACCCAACUGACCCACCGGCAGAAAGUGCCCACUCUGUACCACAAUCAGGGAACGAUACCACACACCCAGGUAGCCUUAGAGUUGAUCCAGGGGUUCUUCCCAAACUAACGGACAUGGCCAAGAGGGAUGAUAGGGAAACAGCCGUGUUCAACCUUAGUUAUGUUAGAACGUUAUCAUUGGAAACACUAACAGGGCCGGAUUCUGAGAGCCAUAUUAGAACUUUUUGUAGACAGGUAGAGUGGUUACUGAAGCAGGAUGGCCAUAGGGUAGAAGCGGCUCUAAGCAGAAUGGAGUAUUCCGUAGAACAGAGGGUUCUACAGGAAUUGGAUAGCAAGAAGAUGUGGGAUUGGAACACCCUUAAGCAAGCUUUGACAAAGUUCGACACAGGCCAGAAUACUCUGAGUAAGGCAUGGGAAGGUUUUAUGAGAGAAGAAUAUCAUGUAGAGGACGAGCCGGGAAUAUGUGUGGAACGAAUGAAGUAUAAGCUGGCAGCCAUAGAGAGUAAGUUUGAAGUGAUACAAGGGAAGGAUCAGCUGAUGAAAGAUGUAUUGUAUGAGGGAUUGCCAGGGCAAAUGCAGAGAGAGUUAAGAAGAUACCACCGGUUAGGCAUAUCCUUAGAGCCCUUUUUGAACGAGUUGACAAAGUGUAGGGAAUGGUAUUUGAGAUCACAGGGCAGGGGACAGCAACAUGUUAGACAGACCCGCCAGGGACCAGUACCAGAGGAUUAUAGAGUCCAGGGAGACUAUCAUAGGAACGAGACUGACGGAAGACCGGAUCGGAACACGAGGGGGAAGGAAAAUAACACUCAAGGUUGGACAGGAAAUGAAUGGUGCGGAUAUUGUAAGAAGGAUACCCAUAGUCCGCAUAAUUGCCCCUCCAGACCCAGACCAGGUUCAUGUUAUGCGUGCCUGAGGAUGAACUGUAAGAGUUAUUUCGCCACUUGUCCAGGACGCCAAGCUAGGAAUCCCCCUUCGGGCCAAUGACCACGACAUCCGUUCCCACGCAGUUCUCCAUGUAUUAAGUUACCUAUAUGUGGACAUACUUGUAUAGCAUUGGUUGAUACGGGUAGUGAAGCUACUAU